UAUGCUCCCUACAGAAAUAUUUACCUUCUUUGAAGAGUGGUUCCUGUUGAGAAGCGACGUCGAAAAUUGUAAACAAUGGUUAAUUUACACUUUCCAGCAACUCUGACCGAAGAAGAGGAACAGCUUAAACUCAAAUAUGCCAAACUCAAGAAAAAGAAAAAGGCCUUACAGCAGAUGAAAACAGCCAAACCAGAACCACAGGUUGUGAAAGAAAAGGAAGCAGCUAAAAGACCAAUGGAGUCAGCGGGUGAUGCUAUGAUUCAAGCCAAGAAACUUGUCCAGAAAGGGUUGAUAAAAAUAGAAUCUGACACCAGAGAGAAAACAGGCUUCAAGAGGUCAAAAUACUUGGAGAAGAAACUGAAGGAUCCAGAGAAAGCUCCAUCUUCAUCAGUCAGUUUCCAGCCUUUCUCAGCAGCAGCACAACACUCUGAGGAUGAUGAAAAACCAGAGACUUCAACCAGCCGACCUAAAGUGAAAGGGUUGUAUGAGAGUUUUGUCAGCACUGGAAACAGAUAUGAGAGGGAUCGAGAACGUGAUCCUGAGCGUGAACGGCGAGAUUCGCGAGAUGACCGCCGUGAUGACAGACGAGAUAGGGAGCCUCCCAAGAAGGGGCGGACAAUCUACAUCCAUGGCCAUGGCAUCAGUGAAGAAUUGCUGAGGAAGGCUGGUUCCAACUUUGGCAAUGUUGUAAAUAUCUCCAUGGAAACAGACAGGAAUUGUGGGUUUGUGACGUUUGAGAAGUUGGAUUCUGCAGAACAGGCCAUAGCUGAGAUGAACGGAAGUAUGAUAGACAAUGUGCAGCUGAAAGUGUCCUUGGCGAGACGGCAACCUACAUUUGAGACGGUCACCGACCAGUCAGGCCCAAACUGGUCAGCAAUAGCUGCAAACAAUUCUCAGAAGGGAUCUGGUCACAAAGACAAACGGAAUAUGGUUGUGUACAAUGAAGACGAUAUCUUCUGAUCCUCCAAGUCAUGGAGAUUCUCCUUAUAAAAGUAAUGAAGAAAGUUGUAGUGAAACAAAGACAUAUAUACAACCAUCUCAUCGACUGAAAACAACUCACAAAGUACUGACACAGAUUCAGAAGACUUGUCCAGUUGUAAACAGCCCCCAUCCACCAUGAUGCUAAACCUGUUGUGGGCAUCCUAGACUGAACUGGUGAUUGGAUGGACACACUCUGUUAGUUGGUUGAUUGUGUAACAUGCUCUGGGGGACAGGGAAGUGGGCAUGCUAUCGACCACUGGUUUAACUGGUAAAGUCUCAUCUUUUAUGUGUUGCAGUGAUAAUCCUCAAGUAUGUUGAAGUGGGACUGUAAAAUACAAACAAUCCUGCAAGCGGACAAAAUAACAUUGGGCAUUGCUCAUCAGCUGCAUGUUGUUUGUUUUAUGAAUGUUGUUUUCCACAGGGAAUCUGGGCUAGAAUCAGUUCUAUGCUUUUCAUGAAAUGCACCUAACUGGAUUUGGUGGCCAGACUCUAGAACUUGGUUCAACGUAUGUCAGAGGAUGAUGAUGUUGCUCAUUAUAUCGAUCACCUGUUUGUUUGGUCGUGACUGGAUUAUGUUCAGGCUUCAACAUUAAACAACAUUCAACUCUG